AUGGCCAAUCUUCGGCAACGGCAAAUUACUGAGUCAGCUGUGUGUGCACUGUGCAAAACUCAUGAGGAAGACACGUUGCAUGCUAUAUGGUCCUGUGGGGAGAUUGCCUGCGUGUGGAACUCACUUACAUGGUUCCAUCAUGUGGUCACCUCCCCCCCAUCUGAUUUCACUAACCUGCUUUCUAGUUUUUUGCAGGUACAUGAUGAGUAUUAUGCUGAAAUUUUCUCUAUCACAGCUUGGUUAUUAUGGAACCGGAGAAAUGCUCAACACUUUGGCCGGCCUGUGCACCCUCUCGGACAGCUUUGUUCCAUGGCGGGAGACUUGAUGCAGGAGUACCUCGAUGCCCAAGAGCUUGCACCAACUCCUCCUCCUCCCGUGAUGCAGCAGUGGCGACCUCCAGAACCUGAGCAUGUCAAGUUGAACUUCGACGCAGCGGUGUUCAAUGCACUGAAUAAGGCAGGCAUCGGUGUUAUAGCUAGAGACUGGAAUGGCGCUGUGAUCGGAGCCAUGUCAAUGCCCAUUUCCCUCUCCCAAACAGUGAACGAAAUGGAGGCUAUGGCAUGCCGGAAAGCGGUCCAGUUUGCUAAGGAUUUGGGUCUUCAGAAAGUGGUUAUCGAAGGUGACUCGUUGGUGGUGAUCAACGCCCUUUCACAAGGGCAUGGCUGUCUCUCCUCAUAUGGGAAUGUCAUUGAUGACAUCUUAGUCCUUGCUGAUGAUUUUCAGUGGUGUGAGUUUCAUCAUGUUAAAAGAAUAUGUAAUGUGGUAGCUGAUAUGUUAGCCAAAAAAGCUAAGGAUUUGUUGGGGGUUCGGGUUUGGUUGGAUGACCUCCCUGAAGACAUUCAACCCCUUGUUUUUUUUUAUGUUCAUUGA